UCCAAUAUUGUUGAAGAUGGUAAAGCAGUUGUCGUUCGUGUGCCCGCUGGCCGUGCUGGUGCUGCUGGCGGUCCUGCACCACUCCGCGGCCUACUGUAACUUUUGGGAAGAGCCGUGCAACGGCGAAUACCAGCUCAACGAUGGCCAUGGCUAUGAGGGUAGGACUGUCCAAAAAAGGAACAUAUUGUAAUUUCCCGACCGCGCCUCACUUGGAUCGAGUUCAAGGCUACGGCGAUCGCUUCUACCCGAUCUCUGCCCACGAGUGGCUGACGCCCUGGAAGCGGGUGAGCGACGUGGCGCACUGCGGCGUGCGGAGCUGCAGCAAAACGCUGACCUUCCAGGAGUCGACCAGCAGCACCUUCACCAAGUCGGACGGCACGACGUACACCGUGGGCGAGAACGAGUCGUCCACGUCGGCGCGCGCCUUGGCCCACGCCUACAAGAUUGGUUUAUCGCUCAGCGCGAAGCUGGGAGAGAUAUUCACCUUCGGCGUGUCCAACGACUUCACCCUGACCGCGACGAACACCAACUCCAACACCCACGGAACGUCGCGCAGCUCGAGCGAGAGCCGGUCAUACUCCGUGGCCACGGGCAAGACCCUGUCACGCUCCGAGUCCAUGAUGUGCCAGGGCAACGCGGGCGACAAGCUGUACCUCAAGACGCAGUACCGCUGGAUGGAGGUCAAGGGCAACUACUGUACCUUCGCAUCUCUGGCUGGCGACUGGUCUAAAAACUGGAAAUGCGAUUACAUCGAGGCCCAGAUCAAAGCCGUGCUGCCCGGCACCAACCAGCUCGACAUGAACAUCAUGUGCGAGACGGAGCGCGACGGCGAGGUGUCGUUGGGCUGCCGCAGCAUCGCGGGGCCCACCUUCGAGGACUACUGCAAGACCAACGGCAACAUGGGCCACUGCCCCAGUACGCACUGCACGAAGUGAGCUGAGCGAUAGUGUCCAUAAGAGGCCCGAAGUAGUGUCAUUUUUAACUUUCAAGUCAAAAUGUACUCCUCCUAGGUAUGAACAUUGUCGUCAAAAUAACUUCCGCGGCCCCAUUUUGACGCUAUUUUGACUUAGCGUUCUCGCUCAACCUUGGAAUAUUUUAAAGAGAUUGUGACUGUCUCCAUUUUAACCAUGUUAGUGCUAGAUGCCAAAUGUGACGUUCUCUUAUUUUACAACAUAUUUGUAUUAUAGUCGCUUAAUGUUCCUUGUCACAUGUAGCUCAAAGGAUUAUUUCCAUUUAUACCUGUUGUGUUUUUAUAUUGUUUGUGAUAAAUCUGUAGUUUGUUUGCAGCUUUGCAAACUGAUGCCGUUGCCGUUGCUGUAAGCUGAUUGAAAGAACCCGUGUGAUAUUUUUUUUACAGCAUGCAUGGGCGUUAUUUCAUUUUUAUUUUGGAUUGUGGAGAGCUAAAUCACAGAGUAUUUUGUGCAAGUAAAUUAACUAUUUGAACA